CAACACCUCCAACCUUCAACUCACAUUCCAUCCACAACGCCUCCAAAAAUGCCACGCAGACAAGAGAUUGACCUCGAGGACGAAGAACCGCCGACCGUUGAGCCGUACAAGAUUCUCGGAAUCGAGAAGUCAGCGACUGCAGAUGAGGUGAAGUCAGCGUAUCGCAAGGCUGCGCUGAAGCACCAUCCAGACAAAGCAACCCCCGAAACCAAAGACGAAGCCACCCUCAAAUUCCAAGAAAUCGCCUUCGCCUACGCGGUCCUCUCCGAUCCCGUCCGCCGAAAGCGAUACGACAAGACCGGUUCAACCGCCGAAUCAAUCGACUUCGAAGACUUCAGCUGGAGCGAGUUCUACUCCGAGCAAUUCCGAGAUGUCAUAACCACCGAGUCCAUCGAGACCUUCUCGCAGGCUUACAAAGGCUCGGAUGAGGAGAAAGAUGAUCUGCUCAAUGCGUAUGAGAAGUUCAAGGGUAGUUGGGAAAAGAUUUACGCUACAGUUAUGUUGAGUGAUUGCUUGGAGGAUGAGGAUAGGUUUAGGGGGAUUAUUGAUGCGGCGAUUGAGAAGGGGGAUGUUAAGUCGCAUAAGAGGUACACGGAGGAGACGGCGGAGAAGAGGGAGAGGAGGAUGAAGAAGGCGAGGAGGGAGGCGAAGGAGGCGGAGGAGCAUGCGAAGACUACGAAGGAGAGGAUGAAUGGAAAGAAGGCGGAUGCCGGGAUGGGUGAUUUGGCUGCGUUGAUUCAAAAGAGGCAGGCGGAUAGAGGUGGCUUUUUGGAUCACUUGGAGGCGAAAUACAAGGCUCAGGAGAAGUCGUCGAAGAAGGGGAAGAAAGGCAAGAAGAGAGGUUCUGAUGAGGAUGAGGAUGAGGAUGAUGAAGGAGGAAUGCCAUCGGAAGAGGCAUUCCAGGCUGCUGCUGCAAGACUCAAGAACGGUACCGCUGAGAGUGGUCGGAAGACAAAGAGGACAAAGCAUUGAACUUUGGACUCUCCUUUUAUUCAUGCAUGGCAGGGCGUUGGGGCGGGAUGGAUAUCACGGUUGGCUUCGAGCAGCACAUAGGUUGAUGACUGGGAAAGAAACUGUUGAAUCAACAAAAUCAAGAUGCUCCAUUUUGCUAGCACCACCGAAGCCCCAACAUUGAACGCUUUCUCAAAGCAAGAAGCUUUUCGUCCAAAAUCUGUG